AUGAAGACUACAACUUUGUCCCUUGCGGGAUUUUCCCUUCUCCAAUUGACUUUGGCUCAACCAUUUAACCGUCACAAUGCUCACCGAGCCCUCCACAAGAAGAGAGAUUUGGUUACAGUUAUCGAUACUGUCAUCGUCGAGGCCACCGAAAUUCCAGAAGUGAUCAUCUAUGUUAACACUGCCGGAGUCCCUCUUUCAACCACAACCGAGUUCAUUGGCAACGUACCAUCCACCAUCUUUGAAUCCAACCCAUCGGUCGCGACCUCGAGUUCCUCCACGACAACUGCAGCUGUCGGUGCUCAAGCAGCCGCUGCUAUUGCUGUUCAAUACACCCAAGCAGCUUCCGCUGCCGCUGCUAUGACCACAGCAGUUCAGGCUCCGAGUGUACAAGUCUCUGUCGCCGUCUCCGUCGCUGUUUCUAUCCCCGCCUCCACUAGUGCUGCUGCGCCGGUCGUCGUCAGCUCUUCCACCAGUGUUGCUGCUCCACUUGUCAGCUCUUCUAGCAGUGCCGCGGUUGUCUCUGUUCAAGUUGCCUCGAGCUCUUCUACUACUACUACUUCCGCCGCAGUCGCAUCUACCUCGGCUGUCACCGCAUCAUCUGGCGGAUUUGGAUUUGCUUACUCUCCUUACAUGGCCAACAACGCUUGUAAAACCCAAGACCAAGUGAUCCAGGAUUUUGCCGCAAUCCCGUCUACAUACUCUACCGUCCGCAUCUAUGGAACUGAUUGUAAUCAAGUCGCUACUACUUUGGUUGCCGCCAAGAAGUAUGGAUUCAAGAUCUUUGCGGGUGUAUAUGAUUUUGCAGAGGUCUCAACCGAGACGCAAGCAAUUGUCGAUGCUGUUGAUGGUGACUGGAGCACCAUCACUACUAUCUCUAUCGGAAAUGAAUGGGUCAAUAACGGAAUAACCGAUGCAGCUGGUGUUGCCAGUGCUAUCGUUACCGCCAGAGGCAUCCUUUCACUCGCCGGCUACACUGGAAAGCUUGUAGCCGUUGAUACCCUCGCUGCUACCAAGCUUUACCCAAGUCUUUGUGAUAAUGUUGAUUAUUGCGCUGUUAACUGUCAUCCUUUCUUCGAUACCCACACCGCCGCUCACGCAGCUGGUACAUUCCUUAGCACUCAAAUUUCCGAGUUGAGAGCCCUCUUGUCCGACCCUAACAUGGAUAUCGUCAUCACUGAGACCGGAUGGCCAUCCGCUGGAACAUCUCAUGAUUUGGCUGUUGCCUCUUCCGAAGCUCAGACUACCGCAAUGGCAGCUAUCAAGAACCUCUUCGCCUCCAACUCAUCCAACGUUUACCUUUUCAGUACAUUCAACGAUUACUGGAAGGUCAACACAGCAGCUCUUUACAUGGCGGAACAAUCCUGGGGUUACCUUGGGAAUUCUCCUUCUGAUGUAUCGGCUGGCUUGAUCUAA